UUUCUUCGCUGCGGUUUCCUGUGCGUUUGCUAUCAUUAUGUUUGCAUUUGUAAUGUGGAGACUGCACUGGGUGAAAAGGAAGAAGUGUGCAGCAUUGGACCAGUAUAGGAAAAAAAUAUGUGCAUCUCCAGCUGCCCAUUACAUCCAGCUGUUGAUCGCUCGUGGCAAACGAGAGCUUCCCGACAAGGAGGAGCUCAUUCGCACCAAGGAGGGCUAUGAACCAAUCAGCAUGGAGGACAUUUUUGAACCUGACAAGGACCACAGCUUGGUCAUUCUUCAGGGGGAUCCUGGACAUGGAAAGUCCUUCACUGCAGAGAAGAUCCUGCGUGAGUGGGCAACGAAAGCACAGUAUCUACAGCACUUUGACCUUGCUGUGUCCUUGAGGUGCGAUGAGCUGUCGAUCGGCUCAGAGCCCAGAGGUUUGCUGGACCUCCUGAGCCGCCGUCCCGACGACGAGUCUCUAACCAUGGAACUUAUGAAGGAGUCCCCACAAAAGAUUCUGAUUGUGAUUGAUAGCAUCGAUAAGAUUCCAUUGUCCCAAGAGGAUGUGAAAUCAUCCCCGUCCGAUCCGUUCUCCCCAGCCCCAGCAGCAGCCGUCCUGAGUGGGCUGUUAAGUCGGCACAUCCUGCCACAGGUCUUUCUCCUGAUCACCACCACACACUCUGCCUCACAUGUAGAGAAGGAACUGUGCAGAUUCCACCAGGACGUUCUGACAGCACAGAUACUGGGCUUCACCGAAGAGGCAGUGACCAAGUACUGCAAAAGUUGUUUUGGAGGAAAUACCGCUCUGUGUACGUCUUUGGUAAAUAACUCGGCGCUAUUUAGUUCCUGCUUUAAUCCCAUGUUGUGCUGGAUCACCUGUGAAGCUAUGAAGAAACAGGAUGACUUGAUUGACACAGUUGGAACUACUACAUCUGUCUACUUGGCAUUCUUUGGCAGCUUUCUGAAACAUCUUUCACUUGAUAAGAAGCAAGACCUCUUCAGACAAGCUAAGAAAAUAACGAUAGAAGAGAAUGUCCUGUUGGACUUGACAGAAAUUCCAUGUCUGGAGGAAGGGGACCCUUUUAGGCGUAGUCACCACAACCAGCAAGGGAAGGCCUUCAUACAUCAGAGCUUCCCUGAGUUUUUUGCAUCUCUUAGCUAUAUCGAUCCGCAUGUUACUGAAGAUCUUCUAACUUUACUAAAUAGAGACUUUUCACCUGGGAAUAGUCCCAGUUGUCACCGUCAGAAUGUGCUGAAGUUCCUGUUUGGCUUAUCAAAUAAGAACAUAAGAAGCUAUAUCCCGGUUAUCCUUGGCCAUGGUGGUCCAACCCAGCCAGAGAUGGGGGAUCCUCUGCAUCAUUGGAUCAAGGAGAGAGCUGACAGCAGACCAUGGACAAUGCAGACUGGCCUAUUUCUUAUGCAGUGUCUGUAUGAGCUUCGUGACGAGGACUGUGUGAAAGAGGUCAUGAAACGCAUGGGUCCAAUGUCCUUCAUCCGCAUCCCAUUGACAUACGAUGAUGUGAAUGCGCUAACGUACUGCUUGAAGCUGUGCCCCUUCAUCAAGAAACUGGAAUUGGCAGACUGCAACCUCACCGCUGGGAAGAUGACACUACUGAGGGAUGUAUGGAAUACUCUGGACUGUGAUGAGUUGUGGCUGACAGGGGAGGGCUUGGGGUGUGGUGACAUUGAAGAGCUGAUUGCAUCUUUGAAGCAAAGAGUCCUUUCCAGCCCACCUAAGGAGAGCGCAAAGAAAGUGGUGGAACUGCAUUUUCUAAACGGCCUCCUUCUUCAGGAAUCUGACCUCAUUCGCAGGAUUGCACCCUCUCUGUUGAAAGUGUUUGAAGGAAGUGACAUCACAGGUUCUGUGAGCUUUAAAAGGGAUUCAAACACGCCUUGUUCUGAUGGAGCUUGGUCCCUCUUCCACACAAAGGCCUCCGAUAACCAACUAACUGUAAGUGUAAAGGAGCCUAGCGGGGCUGAGCAGGGAGCAGAUCCAGAGGUGUUGAGCGUCUCUCUCACGCUACAAUGGUCGUCAUCUCAUCUCUUCAAUACUGACUGCCAUCGUUGCCUAUCCCAGCACUAUCAACCAAGUAUGGUGCAGGAUAUUUGCUCGCUGCCGAGUGUGAAGGAGUUGAGGAUGGAGGUGACACACCUGACUGACGACUGGGCAGCUGAUCUCCUGUGCAGCACAAAGCCGUCGUCAUGGCCACCAGACAGGAAGUUCAGGAUCGUUGUUGUCAACAUGGAAAACAGUGCUUCUUUAGAGGUGACUGCUCUAGCAAAGGGAAUGCACAGGCUUGAAUACAGCAACAGCCCAGAUAAGAAGAGCGUCCCUCGUGACAUACCCACUGCAGAUUUGUCCGACAUUUACAAGUGCAAAACACAUCUCCAAAGUCUGAAGUAA